CCGGCCGAACACGACAGCGAAUACCGAUGCAUACAGACGACGCACAAAUUUAAGGUUAAUGGAACAUAACCUGUACAUUUGUGUUGCACCAGUAUUAUAAUAAUUGAAUUUUAACUCAACUUGUUUUGUUGAAUCGAAUGCUGCAACUGUUAAAUAUUGUUUAGGUUGAGCAAUAUAAGAGAGAAAUGGUUCAGGUGGUUCCUGAAACAAUAGAUUUUCCCAAGGAAGAGGAAAAUAUUCUUCGUUUGUGGAAAGAUCUAGAUGCAUUCCGAGAAUCCCUAAAGCAAUCAAAAGGAAAACCAAGAUACUCGUUUUACGAUGGACCUCCAUUUGCCACAGGGCUCCCCCACUACGGCCACAUACUCGCAGGAGCCAUAAAGGAUGUUGUUACUCGUUAUGCUCAUCAAAGUGGGUUCCAUGUUGAACGGAGGUUCGGCUGGGAUUGUCACGGGCUCCCUGUGGAGUUUGAGAUUGACAAAACUCUUGGCAUCAAAGGUCCUGCAGAUGUUGCCAAGAUGGGGAUUGCCGCUUACAACAAUGAGUGCCGGAAAAUUGUGUCACGGUAUUCUGCUGAAUGGGAGACAAUUGUGUCUCGAAUCGGACGCUGGAUCGACUUUGAAAAUGACUACAAGACCAUGUACCCGUGGUUCAUGGAGAGUGUAUGGUGGGUGUUCUCCGAGCUGUGGAAGAAAGGGUUGGUGUACCGGGGAGUGAAGGUGAUGCCGUACUCCACGGCAUGCAACACUCCUUUGUCUAACUUUGAGUCAGGCCAGAACUAUAAGGAGGUCGUUGACCCAGCUGUGGUCGUCAGUUUUCCUCUGGUGGACGACCCCCAGACCGCCUUGGUAGCUUGGACCACCACCCCUUGGACCCUCCCCAGCAAUCUAGCUCUGUGUGUCAACCCUGCCCUCCAGUACGUCAAGGUCAGAGAUUUGUCAACCAACAAUGUCUACAUCAUGAUGGAAGCCAGACUGCCGACACUCUUCAAGAAGGAAGACGAUUACACGAUCCUGGACAAGUUCCUUGGGUCCGUCCUUGCUGGAAAGAAGUACAAACCGAUCUUCCCUUACUAUGCUCAUUUGACCCAGGCAUUCAGAGUACUGACUGACGGCUAUGUCACAGAAGAAUCCGGUACAGGAAUUGUACACCAGGCUCCGUACUUUGGAGAGGACGAUUACCGCGUUUGUCUCCACAACGGUGUCAUCACUAGGGACCAAGAGAUAAUCUGUCCCGUAGACGAAAGCGGCUGCUUUACCCUUCCUGUCACUGACUUUAAUGGUCUGUAUGUCAAGGACGCGGAUAAGGAGAUUGUAAAGCAGCUGAAGGCUAAUGGUCACCUGGUGAAUGCUAGUACAACCAAGCACAGCUACCCGUUCUGCUGGCGAUCGGAGACACCUCUCAUUUACAAGGCUGUACCGUCCUGGUUCAUCCGAGUGGAGCAGAUGAGUCAACACCUGGUUAAAGCUAACUCAGACACAUAUUGGGUUCCAGAUUUUGUGAAGGAGAAGAGGUUCGGUAACUGGCUGCGCGAGGCCAGAGACUGGGCCGUGAGCCGCAACCGAUACUGGGGCACUCCCAUCCCACUCUGGGUAUCAGAUGACUGGCAGGAGGUAGUCUGUAUCUCCAGCAUUGCCGAACUUCAGCGGCUGACAGGCCAAACCGUUACAGAUCUGCACAGAGAUAGCAUUGAUCACCUGACAAUACCAUCAGUACGCGCAGGCCACCCCCCACUGAGGAGAGUGUCGGAGGUGUUUGAUUGCUGGUUCGAGAGUGGUGCUAUGCCGUAUGCCCAGCUCCACUACCCCUUCAAGAACCAGAAGGACUUUGAUGACAGGUUCCCCGCAGAUUUCAUAGCAGAAGGCAUUGAUCAGACUAGAGGCUGGUUCUACACCCUGUUGGUCAUAUCGACAGCUCUGUUCAAGAAGGCACCAUUCAAGAAUCUAAUUGCUAAUGGUCUUGUGUUGGCAUCAGAUGGCCAGAAGAUGUCCAAGAGGAAAAAGAACUAUCCAGACCCCAUGGAGAUAGUGAACAAGUAUGGAGCAGAUGCGUUGCGCCUGUACUUGGUCAACUCUCCUGUCGUGCGUGCUGAGAAUUUGCGUUUCAAGGAGGAAGGAGUCCGGGACAUCCUCAAGGACGUGUUCCUACCUUGGUACAAUGCGUACAGGUUCCUCAUACAGAACAUCCAGCGUAUCAAUCAGGAAGAAUCAAUGACAUUUACGUUCAACGAGGAGACAGCCACCAGCACUAACGUAAUGGACCGAUGGAUCAUGUCAUUCACUCAGUCGUUGCUUGCGUUUGUCCGCCGCGAGAUGGAAGCAUACCGGCUCUACACGGUUGUGCCACGGCUGGUGCAGUUCAUCGACAAUCUCACCAACUGGUAUGUGCGGAUGAACCGACGCCGUUUAAAGGGUGAGACGGGGUCUGCAGACUGCCAACAAGCCCUGGCCACACUGUCUACAGUGCUGUUCACCAUGGUGCGUUUGAUGGCUCCCUACACCCCCUUCCUCACCGAGCUGAUGUACCAGAAUCUCAAGUUGCUGAACAGCCGUCCCGAGCGCAGUGUGCACUUUGUCAUGCUGCCCCAAACCAGAACUGCUCUGAUAGAUGAGAACAUAGAGCGUUCCGUCUCUCUCAUGCAGAAUGUCAUAGAACUUGGCCGCAAGAUUCGAGACCGGAAAACGCUUCCAAUAAAGUACCCACUCUCCGAGGUGGUGGUAAUUGUCAACAGCCCACAACAAGUGGCGGAGGUGACGAGUCUACAGCAGUAUGUGACAGAGGAGCUCAAUGUGCGCCGUGUGACAGUCACUGCGGACAAGCAGGCGUACGGCGUGUCCCUGCGUGCCGAGCCGGAUCACAAGACGCUGGGUGCCAGGCUCAAGCAGGCUUUCAAGCCUGUAAUGGCCGCCAUCAAGGAACUGAGUAAUGAGCAGCUGCAGGAGUUCCAACGCACAGGUCAGCUGGAGGUGUUGGGCCACAAGAUCGAGCCCAGCGAGCUGAGGUUGUUCUUCAGCUUCACAGGUCCCGGUGCCGAUCAGUUGGCCCUUAAGUACGAAGCUCACUCCGACAACGAUGUAUUGGUACUACUGGAUGUGACCCCUGACGAGGAGCUACAGGCAGAGGGUCUGGCACGGGAGUUUGUCAACCGGGUCCAGAAGCUACGGAAGAAAGCUCAUCUGGUGCCGACUGACCAGGUGACCGUGUAUUACGCGGCAAAAGGGGAGUUAGCAGACAUCGCAGUCAAGUAUCGGCAGAUGAUAGAAACAUCCACGCGGACCCCCUUCCUGCCCCUGGACCAGCUGACAGGCAAAGUGCUCGCUGAAGAAGUGCAGGCGGUGAAAGGUUGUCAGUUAACCCUCAAGCUGACAGACUUUGUGCAAGGCCAACCACAGAAACAGUCUCUCACUCCUGCGUGCAGGUAUGUAAGGGUUCAACUACAGGGUCUCAACCCCAGUAAUGGGGUGCAAGGUUCCAUGGGCUAUGUUCUCCUGGAGAACCCUGCUGGAGAGAAUCUCUUGACAUUGGAGAAACUGGAACAUGAGGUGAGGGUGCUGUUUGGAUUGCAAUGUCGCAGCAAAGUGUAUCUCUACAGUGACAAUGGCAAGCCACUGUCUCCCAGUCACUUGCCGUCCCUACAUCAAACAACAGUGUAUGUCUCGGCCAAACCUCAACUGGCCAGUGUUCCUGCGGUGUCCCACAGUAACGGACCAGACUGCAGGUUUGUGAACGUACAGUGGAAGAACAAGCAGGGUGUACUGUUCCUGGAGAACCCUGUGGGAGAUGAUCUUCCCGUGGAUUUGGAGCCCUUGGUGCGGCGGAUGUUCAAUCUGGACUCUGCUUCUGUAUCUGUCUCUGCGCCGGACAACGGAGUUAUCACUGUCACCUAACUCAUUCAACAAUAAAGACUUGUUUGUAUAUACAACA